AUGAAAAUAAGCUUAUUUUUUGCAAUUAUUUUUACUCUUGCAUCUAAGAUUAGAGCUGAAUGUUCAAGAGGAAAAAUAUUUAAUCUAGUUUAGUAAUAGUGUUUGCCAUGCUCAAGCAGCUGCUAAGAUUGUUUUAGCACUAGUUAAGACUCUUGCAUAAGUUGCCCUCAGAAUUAUUACAAAAGUAAUUUAAAUUCUUCUACAUGUGUUUAAAAUUGCGAAGUUGGAGAAAUAAAAGCAGAUAACUAAUAAUGUAUUAAAUGCUAGAUUGUAGGAUGCAUUAAAUGUGAUUCUAAAUAAAACUGCUUGCAAUGCAGUCCUAAUUUAUACUUUGAUAAGGUAAAUAAUGAGUGCUCACUAAAACCAAAAAUUUGUUAAUCUGAAUAGGAUUUUAUCUAAGAACCUUUUACAAAAUAAUAGUGUAUAAAUAGCUGCCCAAGCUCAUACUAUCCAAAUUAAAAAACAUAAAUAUGCGAAAAAAUUAGCUAAUGCAUACAAAUUAACGAUACUCCUCCACUACUCAAUUAAAAAGUUCUCCAAUUAAACUCAUUAUAUCAAGAUUACUACCUUAUUAGAGCAAAUUCAUGCAAUUUUGCUUUAGUAGAUUAAAAUUUUUAGAUAAUUUACAUAGAGAUACUUUAAAAUAUGCCAGACUUUGAGCUUAAAUAUAUGAAUACUGGAGAGGAAGCUUAAUAAAAGAGUUUUAUUUUGGAAGAAUAUGGAGGCUGCUUAGCUAAUAAUUCUAUAAAAGUAAUGAAUUUUAUUACAAAGCAAAUUGUUUUUGAAUAAACUGAUUUAGAUUAGGAUUAUUUUCUUUAAUAUAUUGACUAUUAAAAUAAAGUAGUCUUUCUUAAUUAAAAGACUAUAUGUUCAAUAGCUUGGUUUGAUUUGAUAUAAUAAAAAUUUACUACAUUUGGAUGUGAUUAAACUCCUAUUAAAGGUGUUUUUUAAAUCUAUAUUCUCAACAAAACUAACUAUUACAUAUAGAUUUCAGUUGAUUCUUAUUAGGUAGCUAUUUUGUAAGAAGAUAGAUCUCUAUAAUUUUUAGAAACCUAAUUCUAAAUUUCAGGUUAUUUAAUUAUUACUUUAGAUACUUAUUAAGAAGUAAUUCAAAAUCCAUCAGAUUACUAUUUUUCUCUUUACUAUUUUGUUAUUUUAAAUGAUGAUUAGAUACUUUACUUGACUUAAAAUGAAUUAGGAGAGACGAUUCUUUAUUUAAUAGAUUUUUUAACAAACAAUAUAUCAGAAAUUUAUAAUUUUGGUACAAAUCCUUAACCAAAUUUUUAUUAUGUUAAUAACUAUUACACUCCGCUAGUUGCUUUUAAUGAUAUUAUUUAUUUUUAGCUUUUUGAUAAUGACUGCUAGCCUUUUUCCAUCAGCUAAAAAAAUUUUGUCUACAAAUCUAUAACUAUGCAAUUCUCUGUAUUUAACUAUCCUUACUUUAAUUAUUAAAAAACAGGAGAAAUUUUCAUAUUUUACUAGUCUCUUAUUUAAGUUUAUAGCUUUGAUUUAUCUCAAAGCGACCAGUAUAAUCUCGGUAUAAAUUAUCCAUAAGCAAUUAAUGGUUAAUAGAUUCAAGUUUUUAAUGACAGAUAUGUUUUUUAUUAUGAUCAAAGCUAUUUUUAUAGAUUCGACAUGGAAUUAAAACAAUUUACAAUAAUAAAUGCUAAAAGUGAUGCCUCUUUGUAUGGAAAAACAGAAAUUUAGUUUUAUUUUUUAGAUGAGAAUUUGUAAUAUAUCAAAAAGUCUGAUAAUAUAAUAGAUACAAAUAAUAUGGUUAUUAUUAUGAGUUAACUAGAAGAUAGCUAUCUAUUAGGGAGUAUAGAUAAUGAUGAUAAUACUAAAAUUCAUAGUUUUUCAUCAUAAGAUGGAGUUUUUUGGAUUAAUAAUUUAUUCAACAAUCCAUUUAGUGUUUAUAAUUUCACACAAAAUUAAGUAAUUCAAGACAUUAAUUUACAAAAUAAUAAAAUUGCAGUCUAUGAUAAUUUCACUUAAAAUUUAAUCAUUUACGAUGUUAUUAAAACUAAUAAUGAAUUAGUUGUAAUAAAGUUAAAUUUUACAUUUGAUCUCUCCAUAGUUAUUGUUGAUUGGAAUUUAGUAUCCUUCAUAUGGGUAAAAGAAAAUGUCUUUUAUCUAUAAAACACAUAAAAUUAACCUUAGACAUCAAAAAUUAUAGAAUUAGAAUCUAAAAUUGUAAAAUACUACUACUGUUCAAAUUAACAAACUUUAGUCGCUCUCACUUCUAGGAAAAUGGUUUAUUCAAUAAAUGUAUUCGCUAAGACAUAUGAAUGGUUAGAAUAUAAUUUCUAAGCCUUUUAGAUAUCUUUUUUUGUUCAGUGUGAAGAUAACUAGAUAGUAUUUUAUUAUCCAUAUGUUUAAAUUUUUGAUUUAGUUUCAGUAGAAAGAUUAGGAUACUUUUAAGAUAACUUGUACGAUAAAGGAAUGAUUUUGAAUAUAGACAAUUAUAAAAUAUUGAUUGGACUAACAGGAACAUUAAAAUAAGUAAACAUUAUUAACAUUCCAGGAAAAUAAUAAUUAUUCCUUUACGAAUGUGUUGGAUAAUUUGCUAAAAAUGCAGUUUAUUAUUAUUAAGAAUAAACUAGCUUGAUAGUAGUUGAUAGCAGUCCAACUAUUUAUCUUUUUAAUUAUUUAACCAUGAAUGUUACAAACAUUAGAAUUGAUGUAAAUAACAUCCAAGGCGUUUUGAUGGAUAAAAACAAGAAUAUAGCUUUUUUAUAUUCAAAUUAAUUUAUAUUAACAUUUUAAUUUCCUAGUAUUUUAUCUAAAUACAUAGUAGUCGUUGAUGAUCGUUUAGACUUACACAUAUAUAAUUGCAUUUGA